CUCGGCGCGGGGUUCCCGGGCCCCCAGCCCAGGGGUGGGGGUGGGGACGUGGCGCGCGCCCCUCCCCCAUCGGCAGGUACCGCCUGCUCGCACCUUGUCUGGCCCUUUUCUCUCCGGACGCACCUACCGCUCCCCAGGGAGGAGAAGACGCGCUCCCCCCCCGACCCCCCACCCCACAGGCCCGCGCCCCGGAGGACCUCCGCCCACAACCCCCGCGCCUUCCCGAGGCCCGCCCGGAGCAUGCCGCCUGCGGCCAUGAACAGUCUCGGCCUGGUGCUGCUCGCCGGCCUGCUGUGCUCUGCGCCCGCUCACGGUCUGUGGUGCCAGGACUGCACCCUGACCACCAACUCGAGCCACUGCACCCCAAAGCAGUGUCAGCCGUCGGACACAGUGUGCGCCAGCGUGCGGAUCACCGACCCCAGCAGCAGCCGGAAAGACCACUCUGUCAACAAGAUGUGCGCCUCGUCUUGUGACUUCGUGAAGCGACACUUCUUCUCAGACUAUCUGAUGGGCUUCAUUAACUCUGGGAUCUUAAAAGUGGACGUGGACUGUUGUGGGGGAGACCUGUGCAACGGGGGGCCGGAGGCGGGGGGCAGCCCCUGGGCCCUGGCCGGGGGGCUCCUGCUCAGCCUGGGGCCCGCCGUCCUGGGGGCUGGGCCCUGAGCUCCUCCUGCAGCUGCAGGCCUCCCAGCUUCCUCCCCAGAGCCUGGCCUCACCCCUCCCUCCACAGGGAAGCCUCUCUCUCUCCACCAGCUCUGAGCUCCAGUGUCUGCAGGAGGCCCUGGGUAGGGGGGGCGGGCUGGGGGCUGGGACCCCCAGGUCUCCUAGGGGAAGCCAGGCAGAGCCAGGCCCAGCCCAACAGCCUGGCUGCGAGGGCAUCUUCCGUGGAGAAAUAAACUCACUUGUGGUCCAGA